AUGAUUUCACGUAUUGGCUUAGGCUUAGUUAGACGUAAGUAAAGGAUAUUUUUGGAAAAGCUUCGUUUUGGAGGGGAGCACGGAGCCGAAGCACCGGACAAGGACGUAAAGAAGAAAACGAAUAGACAUACUAACCAAGACAGCAACUUCCCGUUCAAUUGUUAA